AAUUAAUAAACGUGUUCUCGAUAGCAGUAGUAAAGUGAAUUAAGCAACAUAGUUUUCGUAAUCUAUCAGUCUGAUAAGAAACUCAGUGUUUAUGUGGAAAAAUGAUCGAUUUCCGCGUUUGUUUAAAUAUAAUUUUAUUUCCGGCAUUUUUGAUUAAGUUGAUAUCGAUAUUUACAGUCGUUGUUACUAUUAGACAAUGGUUACGUUAAGUGGUGUUGGUUAUAAUCGAAAUAUUCAUGAAUUCUACUUUUAACGGGAUAUUUAUCGUCCAACGAUGACUGCCAAAGAAUCAGAUUUAAUUAACAACAAUAACUAUCCCAAGUUAUCCUCAGGCUAUUACAACUACGGUUUCGAUAAAACAGAUGUGGAGAAAGAUUGUCGCAAGCAAUCAUUAAAAGAGGUCGAAGAGCAAGAAACAGUAUUCAAAUCUGAGAAAUGGUACAGUAUUUUGGCACAAGUCAGUAUACCUUUCUUCAUAGCUGGAAUUGGUACUAUUGGUGCCGGUACCGUCUUAGCAACUGUUACAACAUACAAAGUAUUUGCUGAUAUAAGGGCUCUAUACGUGUUAGUACCAGCUUUAUUAGGAUUAAAGGGUAAUUUAGAUAUGUGUCUUUCAUCAAGACUCUCAACUCAUGCUAACUUAGGAAAUAUGGAAGAUAGAAAAGAAAUAUUGAGAAUGGUGAUCGGAAAUAUUGUUUUAGUACAGAUUCAAGCUAUAGUAUGCUCCUGCAUAGUUUCUUUAUUUGCAACUGGAGUAUCAGCUGCUGUUAAUGGAAGUUUUAAUUGGAAUCAUACGUUAUUAUUAGCGACAGCUAGUACGUUAACAGCAACAAUGUCGUGUUUUGUUUUAGAUAUAGUAUUGGUAACUGUGAUCAUAUUAUCCCAUAAAUUGAAACUCAAUCCAGAUAAUUUAGCCACACCGUUAGCGGCAAGUAUCGGUGAUUUGGUUUCUUUAAUGGUACUGUCAUCGUGGGCACGAAUACUAUAUAAAAUUCACGACACUUAUCCUUGGCUUAUGCUAGUGAUUCUGAUAGGAUAUAUUUCAAUACUACUCCCUGUUUGGAUUUCAGUGGUUAAGAAAAAUAAGUAUACCAAAGACAUCUUGACCCAAGGAUGGGUGCCUGUGAUAACAGCUUUAUUAAUUAGUGGAUGCGGUGGUUUGAUAUUAGAUAUAGGAGUGGAUAAGUUUAGAGGUUAUACCAUUUUUCAGCCAAUAAUAAAUGGUAUAGGAGGAAAUUUGGUGUCAGUUCAGGUUAGUCGAACUUCCACGAUGCUUCAUCAGACGGCAGUUUUUGGAGAAAUACCACCUAUAACAAAGCAGUGGGUUUUACCAUGGACAGCGUUAAUUAAAGGAGUACAACCUGCCAAAGCAGCACGUUUACUACUCCUUUUAUCCGUGCCUGGUCAUACCAUCUUCGUUUACGGCGCCGAUUUCUUCUACAAUGGAAAAUCGACCAUCACAUCAAUAUUUGUUAUCACUUACCUUCUUGUGGGAUUAAUACAGCUUGUUUUACUUCUAUAUGGUUGUCAUCUUUUAGUCCACACUAUGUGGAGGUACAAAAGAGAUCCUGAUAAUGCUGCGAUUCCUUAUCUGACUGCAGCGGGAGAUCUUAGCGGAUCUGGUUUACUUCUACUAGGAUUCAUGUUUCUAAAAAGUAUUAACUGCGAAUAUCGUCCAGUGGUCUGAAGAAAAGAAUCAUUAUUCACUCUAAUACUCAAUAAUUUAUGAAAUUGGUUUGAACAAUUCAUAAAAAUGAUCAUUUAAUAUUAAGUCAUAGUAAAUUUUAAUAAUGACAUAAAGAAUAUUCAAGUCAUUAUACUAUGAUUCUCAGCUGGCGUUAAAAUGAAAACCCAUCGAUUGAAUUAGACAAGAAAACAAUAUAUAUAACUAUCAUUGAUCGUCAGUAAGAUCUAACCAAGGUUUCAAAGGUAUAGCAUAUCUCUUAGCUCUUCUAUUAAGAGAUAUAUCACUUGACCUUAGUGAUUUGGAGUUGUCAUAAAAAAUAAUUCAAUUAAUUAUACCCAAAAUGUUAUAUUGCGUUUAAUCUAUAUAAAUUAUGCUUCAACGAUGAAAUAAUCCAUGUGACGAAGUUUACAUACAGAGUAUUUCAUGAAGAAUUAUCGAUUUGAAAGAGUCCUAACUAUACACUUUUGAAGCCGAUAUGACUGAGUAUAUUAUUAGAAAGAGGAAGCUUUGGAGUUACACGUGGUUUCCUCUAUAUAUUAGUUGCGCACUUCUGUCAACAUCCAGCUUAAUAACUGUCAAAAUGGGGAAGAUAAUUAGAUCGUCCAAGUGUGUUAAAUGGAAACAUAUCUGUCAAAAUUUCGCUCGUGGCCACAAAAAUCCACUCCAUGUGCUGAUAGGUAACAUUCCUAGGACAUCCAUUUGUCGUGUUUUGCGCCGAAGUUUUCGUAUAAAACAGUUUUAACUGCUAUUCACUUUGCAUGAAGGUUGCGUGUUAAUUUAUAUGUGUUUAUCCAGCUGGUAGAUGAAUGUGUGAAAAAUAAGGAUUUGUGUCGAGGCAGCUUUCCAUUCGAGUGAGAAAGUAAAGCGAUACACAAUAUUAAAAUGUGGAGAGCCAAGCAGCCACACUUAACUCUACAGCUUAAGCAAGAUUUUCCAAAAGUAUUUGUUUUUUGUGCAAUCUCACGAAAUCAAGUAUAUGUUACCGAAAAACACUGAUUUCAUUACCACUACACCAACACUCUCAAUUAAAAUGUCUAACGCACGUUUCAAUAAAUAGUGUGCAUAAGUAUGAAUAUUAACAACAAUUUGUCAUGGGGAUUUAAAGAAGACACUGUUUAUAUUCUUCUCCUUCCAAUAACAUUGGUAUUAGAAAAUAUGAACCUAUAAAAUCGGAAGAAUUUUUCAAAACACCCCGUAGUUUGUUCGUUAAUAGUACUUUACUGACUUCGCUCGGAAAGUUGUUAUGAAAUUGUGUAGUAAUUGGAAUAAAAGGUUAAAUUUUAAGCGUUUCUCACGGUGCUUAUUCGAUGGGAACGUACUCUGCGCUUUAACGCUGCUUUUUAUUUUCACCCUUUUGCUUCAGAAUUGGCAAGAUCUUAUCGUUUACGUAUUGUAUCAGUAUGAAUUAUUGUUUUCAAUCAAAAAUUCUGCUAAUUUCCCUUCAUACUCUUUAUUUUAUUUAUGUCAAGUCAUUGUGUUACUUUAUUUACUCACACCUCAUUUGAUUUAUUCAUUUCUAACACUUAAUGAUAAAAAACUGAAAAUCACUGCAUUACAUACCCCAAUGGGUACCUCCAUCUAAAAGGACAUGCUAUAAGAUCCCAGAUGCUCUACUAUGAUUUAAUAAUCACUUCAUUCGGGUGAAAAUGGUAAUCAUCUUUGGGAAUUAAAAAUGUACAAUAUUUUAAAAUGCUUUAGAUUAUCGUGACAUGCCCUUGAAUAUUUUUGAAAGUUCUUGAAAACUCCAGAAGACUAAACGUUCAGCUUUUUCAACUUGAAAUGCACGUAGUUCGGGUAUAAACGCGAACCUUCUUCAUGGAUUCGAAAUAGACAACAAUCCAGAGGGGUUUUGAAUGUUAGAAAGAAUAUCGAACCCUUUCGAAUGUUCUGAACUGUUCUAUACAAUUCUAAAUGACAAAAAUUCCAGCCCUCGUGUCUUCCUUCGAGUGAAAAACAGGUCGGGAAAGAAAAAGUUACCACACCCCAUAAUUCCCUUGAUGCUUCUUGAUAGUUGAAGUGUAUACACGUGCACGCUUUCGGAAUUUGAUUCCAGCGCGUGUUGUACAGAGGGCGUCCGCGUAUUUUACAAAGGCUUCAAGAUAUAUGAGCUACUUUUUACGUACGCUUCUGUGAAAUCAUCCCCUGCCAUCGAAGUGUCAGAAAUUUAGUUGCAUAAAUGAACGUAUUUGCCAUAACGUUGUAAUGAAUUUUUCUUCUAGGGUAAUUUUCUCUCAAUGUUCUAGAAUCACUCAUGAUAAUUAUCUUCAUGAUUAUUUAAUAGUUCGUUAUAUGAUUUUAUUCGUACUUACUCAAUCCUAAAGCCUUUCUAUCUUUUCAGGGGUAAGGCACUUGGAGUUGAGUCAUUACGUGGACUCCUUUUUCUACAGCAAUUUCCAUUCUCUACUAGCUUGUAUCUUUUGUUCAAUUUCCUACCAUCUUAAUCCACGAUUUUCCUUUGGUACCUUAAUUUCUUCUGUCCAGCUCUUACUUGGUCUUCCUAGCUUUUUUUGUAUGUGUUUAUGCUUCGUAUAUCCUCCCAUUCUCAUAACGUGGCCAAACUAUAUCUAUUGUUUCUUCUGUUUUGUUUUGAAUUGGUUUUAAAUUAAAAUUUUCUCCGAUAGUGUUAUUUCUCAUUUUGUCGUAUCUUGAAUCAUUAUGUGUUUUCUUCGGAAAUCUUAUUUCUGUAUUUUAAUUUUUUGUUUCUGUGUGAGUCUCCAUGUUUCAGAUCCAAAUGUAUGUAUGGUAUAAAGUAUGGGCUUGGCUACUUUUUUAUAUAUUUCUGUUUUUAUUUGCUUUGGUAUUUCCUUUUUGACUAGAAACUGUAUCUUAAUUGCAUUGAAAAA